AUGACAUCCAGCCAACCAUCUUACAUCAUCGUCGGCGCCGGCGUCUUCGGCACGUCCACCGCUUACCACCUCAUCACCAAGUAUCCCCAAGCAUCCGUCACCUUGAUCGACCGGAACCUUCCCCAUGACGCAACCCGCGUCGCCGCCUCCUGGGACUGGAACAAGGUCGUCCGCGCCGACUACCGGGACCCGCUGUACUGCCGUCUCGCGCUCGACGCGCAGGACGUCUGGCGCUCCGAUCCGCUGUGGCGCCCCUUCUACCACGAGACCGGCAUCUUCUGGAUCACCCCCACCGACUUCGCGCAGGAGGUCCUGGACAACUACAAGAAGCUGGGCCGGUCCACCGAGGGGCUAUUCUCGGUGCCCGUGGACGCCGCGAAGAGCAGGUAUGGCGGCCUCUUCGACGACGCGGAUUACACGGGCGUCCGCAACGUCCAUGUGAACGAGACUAGCGGGUGGGCCGACGCGAAGGGCGCGCUGCGCGCGGUGACGGAGAAGGCGGUCGAGCUGGGGGUAAGGUUUGUUGGUGCGGAGAUCGAGGGGCUGGAGUUUGGCGAUGAUGGGGCGUGUGUUGGGGUCAAGACGGCGGAUGGGGAAAAGCACUACGCGGCGCAUGUUGUGCUUUCGAGUGGUGCUUACACGCCGAAGCUGCUUGACGGUAUUGCUCAUGCUACCGGGAACGAGGCUUUCCGCGCGGGGGGCAGGAUCAUUGCGGCGGGCGUCACGACUGGAUUGGCGAAGGUUGAUGAACCGACUGCGAAACUGCUAGAGGGGAUACCGGUUGUUAUACAGGAGAUCCCGCCCGAAAGAGGCGCUAGCAAUGGCCUUUUGCCUCUUACCGAAGAUAAGAUGUUGAAGUGGUGGGGGCAAACCAUUUUCAAAAACGUCCAGACCAUGCCCUCGGGUCAGCAGAUCUCGGCGCCUCCAGCAGCUAAGGACUAUGCUCAGUGGAAGGUCCCGGAUACUCUUAUACAGGAUGUCGAGUUCGCCAACAAAGCCACGUUUGGACAGCGGGGUGAGGGGUGGAAGAUUGAGCAGCAUCGUAUAUGUUGGGACGCCGUUACUCCAAGCGAGGACUUCAUCAUAUCGCCGCAUGCAGCAAGCAAGGGGCUCUACGUUGCUACGUGCGGGUCAUUCCACGGCUGGAAGUUCUUUCCCAUCAUCGGCGGCUACGUGGUGCGUAUGCUUGACGGCACGCUAGACCCGGGACUGAAGGAUAGGUGGGCCUGGGAUCGCGAGCUGCCCGAUGUCGACGAUAAUGAGAGUUGGCCGGUGAAGGAGCUCAAAGAUUUAAAGUGA